AUGACGUGGGAGGAAGUUGGCGACGCCCGCCUCGAGGUUAUGCUUGCAGUAGAUGCUCUUCUUGAGCUGGACGAGAUGUACCUUGAAGAGUUCGGUAGUGCCGUGAAGGCAGGCGAUUUGGCCGAAGUGGUCAUUGUACGACCGGACGAGGAGAUACACCCGUCAUCGCUUCUAAAUGAAGCUGUCUUGGAGGACACCAAGAGAGUGCUGAACUCACGAAGUGAAUCGUCGAUCCUACGGAAUCUUUUGGAUCCGUACUAUCCAUUGGUAACGGAAUCUCAAGACGUAGUCUCCAAAGACCCGUCUUCGGUCCUACCUCCGGACCGAGGUGUGUGUCAUGAGAUCGACCUGGUUCCUGGAACCAAAUAA